AUGUCAUUUAAGCUUGGCACGGUACCAUUAAGGCGUACGUAUCCCUAUCUUCAACAGGGUACAAUACAAUUUAGGGACCGUGUAAAGAUAUUUGCUAUUGGUUAUAAGCAGUUUCCACAAGAUAGACGACAUAAGGGUGUUAUAGAGUUUGUUUUCUGGCACUGGGCUCAAUUGCAGUACAGUAAUCCGUAUGUUCAGUUGGUGCGGGUUACGAACGUCAGCGUUGUGCCCUUCGGAAAGGCCUUCUUAGAUGAUGGUCGUGAAGUACUGUUCGAUUUAGAAGGUAAGACUCGCGAGGAAAUUGAGGAAAUGCUUCGGACGACGUUGGGUAAAACGAAAGUUUCGUUGAGGCAAGAACGUCUGAAGAAGAUGUUGAGGACCGACCAAGCAUUAUUUGGGAAGAAAUGUAAGAGGGAAUGCAUUUGUGAAGUGCAAGGCCAGCACUCAUGUACAUCACUGCUUUAUGCGCCUGAUUAUAUGAAAGGGAAGUGGCGGUGGAAUCAUGACAUUUAG